UACAUACCAGCUAGACCUUUCAAUUUACACUAGAACCAUAGUUCGCUGAUCAUCGUUGGACCUCAUACAAAAAAGAGCUAGAUAGAGGAAGUAAGAGCCAGGAUACGACGACCAUGGCGAACGCAGCAGACUACAAGCAUGAGUUCUUCAACGUCUCGUUCCCGGCAGAAUAUGUUGCGCAUGUCGAGAUCAAUAGACCGGAGAAGAUGAACGCGUUCAAGGAGAUCAUGUGGCUCAACCUGUCCGCCAUCUUCAAAAAGCUCUCGCACGACCCCAAUGUCCGCGCCGUAAUCCUCACCGGCGCUGGCGACCGCGCCUUCACCGCCGGCCUCGACGUCCAAGCCGCAUCCCAAGGCCAACUCUCCUCCAACUCCGGCCCCAGCGACUCCGCGCGCAAAGCCAACGGCCUGCGCCGGCACAUCUUCGAGUUCCAAGAGUGCAUAACCGCGAUAGAAAAGUGCGAGAAGCCCGUGAUCGUCGUGCUGCACGGCAUCUCAUACGGUCUGGCGCUGGACAUGUGUCUGGCAUGUGACAUUCGCUUUUCAACCAACACGACUGCGUUCUCGGUCAAGGAGGUGGAUAUUGGUAUUGCGGCGGAUAUUGGCACACUGAGCAGGCUGCCGCAUUCUGUGGGCAAUCAUUCGUGGGUCAAGGAGAUUGCGCUGUCGGCGAGGGUGUUUGGGUCCGACGAGGCGCUGCAGCAUGGGCUGGUGAGUCGCGUGUACAAGGAUAAGAAGGAGGCCGUGGAUGAGGCGCUCAAAUUGGGAGAGUUGAUUGCGAGCAAGAGUCCCGUGGCGGUGCUGGGGACGAAGGAGAUUAUCAACUACUCGCGGGAUCGGACGAUUGCUGACGGGCUGAAUUAUACGGCGAUAUGGAAUGCGGCCAUGUUGCAGACGCAGGACAUGAAGGAUGCGAUGCUGAGCGGGAUACAGAAGACGACUCCCAAGUUUAGCAAGUUGUAGACAUCACAAAAUACUGCAUGUUUGACUUGAAGAAAUGGACUUGAUAUUUUCAUUGA